AUAGUUCGAAGCCGAAAGGCCCCGGCUAAGAGCGAUGUCGGUUUUAACAUGCAAGAAAACAACGAAUGCAAAGAUCGUGGGUCUCGAAUGCUAAGUUCCUAUAAUAAUGGCAGAUAAUGUACACAGAAAAUCCCAUAAGCUAUCGGAUGGUAGUAGAAAAAUAUCGAAUCCAGUGCAUCGUACAACUACUGAGACGAUUCGGUUAGGAGAGCCAGAGAAACUGUAUCAGCCGGUUAGUUUGACUACUUCGAGCAACGUGACGGCCAGUAAUCAGUGUCGGAAAAAGACAUCGUCUUUCCAGAUUACAAGCGUUACUGUUGGUUCUCGUAUGAGCAAUGAUGCCGGUGAGGAUUCAAAUGAUGAUCUUGAUGAAUCUCAUACAGAGGACAAUUCGGUCGAACAUUCGCGUAUCACCGACAUUGACAUUGAAACGCCUAGCUAUUCAGAAGAUACUUUCUCCAAAGAGGAUGUAUUUUUUAAUACCAGUAAUGCUGCUCUCAGCACUGCUCCGGUGAUUCCUACAAGUUCUCAGUAUGGUUUGGCAAUUGUUCCCUCUGAAGGAAAUAAUGUCAGUAAUUCGGUAAAUGAUAGCAAUAUCAAUACCUUGGAUAUUACAUCUGUUACCGACAACAACAUUAUCAAUUUACUUUCAAGUAAUGUCAAACAAGAUGCAGAUUUACGUGAAGUACAUUCACAUGGUAGAAAUGAGAGAUUCAAAGUUGUUAAGAUUGAAAGUACUGAACCAUUUAAAAGGGGCAGAUGGACUUGCAUGGAUUAUUUGGAUCAUACAUCAGUCAAUCAACCAACAGCAAUCAGUACACCAAAAGUAUCAGAUCCAAAUGAGGUAUGCAUAUCAUAUGGAGUAACAGAUAGUGGAAUUGUUAUACCUGAUGCACCUAAACAAUCAAUUGUAUCAGAAGAUAAAGGUAUGGGCAUUGAUACUAAUGGACAAGUAUCUACACAUGCAGAUGUGCACACAUCAAUUGGUGUACCAAAUAAUUCUACAUCAGUUUCAAGUGCUAAUUAUGCAGUAAGCAAUUCAAUUCCUCCCAAUGCACAGCAUAAUCCAACGCAAGUUCAAACACAAACUAAUGUUCAAGCACCUUCGCAAAUUCCUCAAUAUUUUCAAUCUUCAGCUCAACAAUUGGCAUCUCAACAACAACAGCAAAGUGGUCAGGGUUCCACAUUACCUUCUAAUCUACAGCCAACUCAUCCCAAUAAUUUGACUCAACCUCAAAGUAUGCCCCAAGGUUCUAUUCCUAUUAUAACACAAACUGGCAGUAGCAAUGUAACAUCUCAACAAAAUAUACCUCAUUCAAAAGAAGAUACAUAUGUGACAGUGAGCACACAAAAUCAAUCAUUACCAGUCCAAAAUGUUUGUCAACCUUCUGUGCAGCAAACACCUGUACCAACGUCACAGGCACCUAAUAUUCUAGUUUCGCAACAACAACAUGCUCCUCAACAACAACAACAACAACAUCCUCAAAAUCAGCAGCAACAACAACCACAGCAGCAGCAACAGCCUCAACAAUCAUUACCUAAUCCAAAAACAAUGACUCAAAUAUCUGAGCCAUUGACUGCCAUACAAGGAAUGCAGAGCAUCCAAAAUAUUCAUAAAGUUCCUCAAACAGGUGCACAGCAAACAUCAUCAACUAUUCAUGCUCCUGGUGCACCAGUGCAAUCUCAAGUGAUACCAUCAUCUCAAAUACAACCAACAACUUCUGGUAGUAAUACUCAAGUACAAAUGGCGCAAGUAUCAGCUAGCUGCCAAAAUGUUGUAGGUGGUAUGCAACAGGGAAAUAUAACAUUUCAUCAACCAGAUCCGGAGCAGGAUUCUAUUUCAGGGAUUGUAGCUGGAUCCACUACCCAAUCUGCUGAUACUACUCUUUUAGAAUCAUUAACUGAAGUGACUCAAGGCAGUGAUGAACAUCAUACCCUCGAAGAUAAUGAAAGUAUGUCGGGGACUAGCGCUGUAGCAAUUGAUAAUAAGAUUGAGCAAGCCAUGGAUCUUGUUAAGAGUCAUUUGAUGUUUGCUGUACGAGAAGAAGUUGAAGUACUCAAGGAAAAAAUAGCUGAGCUUAUGGAUCGUAUAAAUCAAUUGGAAGCUGAAAAUUCAAUUCUGAAAGCACACGCGACUCCAGAAACAUUGGCUCAAUUGAACCAAUCAACAGCAAAAUUACCCCAAAACAAUUCAGGAAGUGGUCAAUAGUUUACUGUUUAGGAAAUAUAUAUAUAAAUAAUAAUUUAAAUCUGUAAAUUCAAUUUUCUUUCAAAAUGAUAAUCAUUUUGGAUAUAUAUAUAUAUAUUGUUACGAUCUUAGACAGAAACAAGGACAUAUAUUGAGUGCAUGCCAAGAUUAAGCAGCAUAAGUAAUGGAGUUGAUAUUGUUUUAUGAUAGAUUCAAGAUUUUGAACAUGUUAAAAAAAAGAAAGUAUAUAACAAUAUGAAAUAGGCAGCUAGACAUUCCUAGAUUAUUUUUCCUAUUACCUUUGCAUUUGGCUAAUUUCAUCCACCAUAAAUUUGAUUUAAAAAAAGAAAAUUCAACUUAAGAAUUUAAUGCUUGAAAGAUAUUUGUACUAUUUUAAAUUACUUGUGAUUUUGUUGAUAUUUUGUUAUCAUUUUCAUUCAUAAAAAUAGUUUUUACAUUCGCAAAACUAUGUAAUUUUCAUUAUUAUUAAAUAUCAAGUCUCUCAUAUUUUGUAAUUUGUCGUGUUGUAGUCUGAUUUUUAAAAUGAUAUGUAUUAUAUAUAAUCAACAACAUGCUGAAAUCCAGGGAAACAAUUAUUGCUGGUAUGCAUUAAAAAAAAAAUCUACAACUUCCUGUCAACAUUUUAUGUUACAUCUUAACAUGCCUAAUAAAAAAUUUUUAAUUGUA